GACGAAAAAGGGGCCUGCUAGAAAUGACGGUUUCUUUUGGAGCUCAUCAGCUCUCACUCUCUCUUCUUUCUCUCUCUUCGCACUUUGCAGAGACCACACUGAGCAAAGCUGCGUGCUUCUGAUAACAUCGCCGGUUUCUUCUCCUUGUGCUGCUUCUGGUUACUAUUUUGAGAUGAAGAAAGAUCCCUAAUUUCCAUAUUCUUCUUCUUUCUCCUUACUCUGAGUAGCUUUUGCGUCUCUCCGAUGUUUGCCUUCUUCUUUCUCCUCUUCACUGCUUUAAUUUACCAUGUAUUCGCACAAGUGCCUGGUUUUUUUAGCAUUGACUGUGGGGGUACAGAAAAGUUUUUAGAUGAAAUUGGUCUGGAGUGGACUCCAGAUAAAUUAGUAUGUGGAAAUGCAGCAAAUAUAUCUGUAGGCAGUGAGAAUACGAAGCCGUACACCACAUUAAGAUAUUUUCCUGCGGAUUCCAGGAAAUAUUGUUAUACAUUAAGUGUAGAAGCCAGAAAACGGUACCUUGUAAGGGCAUCAUUUUUAUAUGGGAACUUUGACAGAAAUGAUGUUUACCCAAAGUUUGAUAUCUCCCUUGGGGCAACUCACUGGUCAACAAUUGUUAUUUCAGAUGCUGAUACAUUAGAAGUUCGAGAGUUAAUUUUCUUGGCUACUUCUCCUUCAAUUAGCGUGUGCCUAUCUAAUGCAUCAACUGGACAGCCAUUUAUUUCUACUCUUGAACUUCGGCAGUUUAAUGGUUCUAUGUAUUAUACAGAUUUUGAAACUGCAUCAUAUCUUAGUGUGUCUGCAAGAAUAAACUUUGGUGCUGUGAAUAAUGAUUCAGUGAGAUAUCCGGAUGAUCCUUUUGACAGAAUAUGGGAGUCUGACUCCAUUAGGAAAGCAAAUUUUCUUGUUGAUGUUGCUGCUGGAACUUCUAAAAUAUCAACUACAACGCCGAUUAAUGUUAACCGAGAUGAGAGACCUCCAGAGAAAGUGAUGCAAACUGCUGUUGUUGGUCGGAAUGGACUGUUGAAUUAUCGGUUGAACUUGGAUGGAUUUCCAGGGUUUGGUUGGGCAUUCUCGUACUUUUCAGAAAUUGAAGAUUUGGGUGCAAAUGAGAGCAGGAAAUUUAGGCUGAAGCUUCCAGGUUAUCCUGAUAUCACCAAAGCAACUGUUAAUAUUCAAGAAAAUGCGCAAGGGAGAUACCGGUUAUAUGAGCCUGGAUUUACCAACUUAUCCCUCCCUUUUGUCUUAACAUUUUCUUUUGGUAAAACAGCUGAUUCAUCUAGGGGUCCCUUGCUGAAUGCCAUGGAGAUAAAUAAGUAUCUGCAGAUAAAUUUUGGUUCUCCUGAUGCUGCAGUUAUUUCUGGUUUAACUUCACAAUAUCCUCAAGCUGAUUGGGCUCAAGAAGGUGGUGACCCCUGCUUGCCAGUUCCGUGGUCCUGGUUGCAAUGUAGUAUGGAUGCACAACCAAGGAUAUUUGCAAUUUUGCUGUCUAGAAAGAACUUGCCAGGAAAUAUUCCUUCCAAAAUAUCAAAAUUGACAGGCCUGGUUGAAUUAUGGCUGGAUGGCAAUUCGCUCAGUGGUUCAAUACCUGAUUUAUCUGAUUGUACCAAUCUCCGAAUCAUUCAUCUCGAGAACAACCGGUUGACAGGUGCACUACCUUCAUUUUUGACAGGCUUACCAAAUCUGGCUGAACUAUAUGUACAGAAUAAUUUGUUAUCUGGAAGAGUGCCUCGGGGUCUUCUUGACAAGAAAGUGGUUAUCAACUAUGCCGGAAAUAUUAAUCUUCGUCCAGAAGGGAAAGGUCCAAACCACACUAAUAUUAUAGUCAUCUCUAUAUUGGGGGGUUCUCUGCUCCUCAUUAUUGUUAUAAUUACUUGUUGUUUCUUCUUUGUUCGGAGGAAAAAACAUCAAGACAAUGAGAAAGAUGAUGCUUCUGGCCUACAGCCUCCAAGAAAAACAACCUCAUCGCAGAGUGAAGGGCCGGCUGAAACAGCACACUUCUUUACUUAUGAAGAAAUUGAAGAUGCCACUGGGAAAUUUCAAAAGAGAAUAGGUUCUGGAGGUUUUGGAACUGUAUACUAUGGAAGGCUGAAUGAUGGCAAGGAAAUAGCAGUCAAAGUUCUAUCUAGCAAUUCCUACCAGGGGAAAAAGGAGUUUUCUAAUGAGGUAUCUUUGCUUUCAAGAAUACAUCACAGAAAUCUUGUGGCAUUCCUUGGGUACUGUCAGGAAGAAGGGAAAAGCAUCCUUGUAUAUGAGUAUAUGCACAAUGGAACCCUAAAGGAGCAUCUUUAUGGGCCUUUGACUCAAGAGAGAGCUAUUGAUUGGAUUAAGCGACUUGAAAUUGCUGAGGAUGCAGCUAAAGCAAUCGAGUACCUUCAUACUGGUUGUAUCCCAAGCAUCAUCCAUAGGGAUCUUAAAAGCAGUAAUAUACUUCUUGACAAGCACAUGAGAGCCAAGGUUUCGGACUUUGGCCUUUCAAAACUUGCUGUGGAUGCAUCUUCGCAUGUUUCGAGCAUGGUUCGAGGGACUGUUGGCUACUUGGAUCCUGAGUAUUACAUCUCUCAACAAUUAACAGAGAAGAGUGAUGUCUACAGUUUUGGUGUCAUUCUUCUGGAACUUAUCUCAGGUCAGGAAGCGAUAUCCAACGAAAGCUUUGGAGUUCACUGCCGCAAUAUUGUCCAAUGGGCACGUUUUCGCAUUGAUAAUGGAGAUAUCCAAAGUAUUAUUGAUACAUCUCUCCAAGGCAAUUUAAAUGUGCAAUCUGUGUGGAAGAUUGCUGAGAAAGCAAUGCAGUGUGUGCAACCUCAUGGCAGGGAUAGGCCUCCUAUAUCUGAAGUUCUUAAAGAGAUCCAAGAUGCCAUUUCUAUAGAGAGAGGAUCCGAAUCAGAAGAUAGUUCUGAAGGAGUCUCUAGAGAUUCAAGGCAUUCUUCGCUUAACUUGGCAACCAAUGAUCCUGGGGUUUCGGACACUUUUGUUUCGUCUUUUGAUGAUGAUCCAAUCGUUUUACCUACAGCUCGUUAGUCAAUUGAUUUGUCACCCAUAUUUCCACAAAAAUGAGUUGUUUGCACAGUUCUGGCUAAGAGUUGUGGAAGCAGUGAUGCAGCAGAGAUGCCUUCUUACUUCUGCCACAUUUUUUUGUGUGUAGAAACGGGUUGAAAUGUUUUGAGAAAGCUGUUUAAAAUGAGUCAAACUGCUUAUCUAAUCUAAAUAUUCUUCGAAAAUUAAAGAAUUAA